UGUACAGCUUGUAAUCAAAAAAGGAUAAGGAGUUUUUUUGUUAUUAUUUUGUUUUGUCAGAUAGAGAAUCGUUUUAAUUAUUCCUCUGUUUUAAUCACUUCUUGAUCUAUUCAGAUGAACAAAUUUCCACCAACCAUGUCUUUAAGUGAGGAACUCCGGAGAGAUCUCAACCAUCUAAUCAAUACAACUGAAGGGUUGCAAGCCAUCUUGAUAACUGAUAGAGAUGGAAUUCCAAUAAUUAAAGCAACCACCGACAGACCUCCAGAGCUUUCAUUAAAACCAAAUUUCCUGCUUUCCACUGGAAUUGCCUGUGAACAAGCCUCUAAACUUGGAUCCGGACGAUGUAAAACAAUCACCUGUCUAUAUGACACUUUCCAAAUCAUUCAUUUCAAUCAUCAGCCAAUAAUGAUCACCUUAAUUGCCUCCGAAGAAGCCAACACCGGCUUCUUACUUUCCCUAGAAAGCCAAUUUGAUCCAAUUCUUAGCCCAUUGAAAAAGAUUGUGCAUGUUAAAUAAUUUUCCAACUUUAAUGGAGCUCAAAUGUUUCUCAUUGUUUUUCUUGGCUUUUCCAACUCAAUCUAACUUUCUCUUCAAUCCAAAAUCAUCUUGUAAUCUUCCAUUUCAUAACCUCACCCCUUUACCAUUCUUUUGUCUCUCUCUCGUCAUUCGGUCUUUUUUGUCACCGUCAAUCCCUUUUCCCGAGCCGUUAAUUCUCAAGCAAAAAAUAAUUUCACAUGAUUGUUUUUUAAAUUUAACAUUUAUUGAUUAACUAAAAGAUAUUUAUCUUUGUUAAAACCAUUGAUGAAAAUAAUGCAAUUACAUAUUUAUAUGCUA